GCCGUUGUUAUUGUGCAACAUUUUUGCAGGUUCCGGGACUUGGGGUGCUGGAAAUUAAGUUUUUGGACAUCAAAGGCAGGUAAAAAGAACGUCAGCCCGACUCAUGAAACUGUCAGACGCCUGUGGGGGAUAUGGGGUGAGUAGAUGGUAGUCUACGACCGGUGGGGGCUCUGUGUUCCCUGCUUCGCUGGCCUUCCUAUGUCGUUCGAUCGUCUGUUCGAUCGUUUGUUCGUUCUUUCGGCUCUCUGCUGCUUCUCUCUGUCGCUGCUCCUGUUUCCUCGCUUUCUGGCUUGGCUUGGCUGGGCUCUUCACACAGAUCUCGCUUCCUGUGCUUGUGGCGGAGGCGGCGGAAGGGAGUGCACGGGAUGGGUAUGUGUAGCUGGACACGGUACGGUGGCAGAUAGGGGGCUGCGAGGCGUGCGGACAGACAAACCGACAAACAGAUCGGGCACCCGUGGAUGAAAACGGACUCGGCCCAGCCCGUCCUCUGCUCCUUGUCGCCACCGCUGCGUUGCGCGUGGAGAGAAGAGAGCCUAUAA